AUGGUAUCUGCUGUUUUUGCCAUGCAAGGAUUCGGAAUUUUAGCUGCUGCUAUAGUUUCAGUUACUACUUUGGCAGCAUACAAGGACCUUAUAUAUAAGGAGCAAAUAUAUAUUGACCGUGUAUGGAGAAUAGUUUUGGCAUUCGGUGCAAUUCCAGCGAUCUUGGGGCUCUACUCCCGGAUCACAAUUCCGGAAACGCCACGCUUUACGAUGGACGUAUUGGGAGAUGUCGAGAAAGCAGCUCAUGAUGUCAAUACCGUAUUAAAACUUGAUGAUUCUUGGACAAAACAAGGUAAACCUGUUUGCGCCAUAGAAGCACCUGUUUCUACGUGGAAGGAUUUUAAAGAAUACUUUAGUAAAUGGGAAAAUGGAAAAGUUCUAUUAGGAACUUCAUUAUCAUGGCUCGUAUUAGAUAUAGCCUUUUACGGAUUGAACAAUGCGAUCAUCUUGCGGGCUAUUGGAUUUGGGGGUGGUGAAGACACCUAUUCAAUUCUUUGGAACAUGUCUGUUGGCAACAUUAUCAUCACCAUGUUAGGCACGAUUCCAGGAUAUUGGUUUACCGUUUUGCUAGUAGAUAGAUGGGGCCGUAAAAGGAUUCAACUAAUGGGAUUUAUAGUUCUCACUGUGUUAUUUGUGGUUUGGGGAUUAAGUUAUCAAUAUAUAAAACAAAGAAUGGCUCUAUUCGUUACCAUAUUCUCAUUAUGUCAGCUAUUUCAAAAUUUUGGACCUAAUGCAACGACAUUUGUCGUUCCAAGUGAAGUUUUUCCUACGAGAUACCGAUCCACCGGGUAUGGUAUAUCAGCUGCAUCCGGAAAAUUUGGCGCAAUUAUAGCACAAGUAGGAUUCAUUCAACUCAAAGAUAUCGGCGGCAAGAACGAGUUUGUGGAUCGUUUAAUUUUAAUUUUUGCAUUCUUCAUGUUUCUUGGAAUUUUUACAACAUUGUGGAUACCUGAAACAAAUAAAAAAACGCUAGAAAAGUUAUCAAAUGAGCAUCCAAGAAUAGUUGUCAAUAGAAAGCAAACGCAAAAGA